UCAAAGAGUUUAUGACUUCAUAGUUCAUAACUUCAUAUGUUUAAUUUGUUUUGUCUAAGUAUCCGAAAUGGCGACGAACUUCAAAUCCGUACUACCAGUUAUUGACAUCAGUCCUUUAGUGGUCAAAUGUGAUGAUCCCAACAUGGCGGACGAUGCCUGCGUGGCGGAGGUUGUGAGAAAAUUGGACAGUGCCUGUCGUGAAGUCGGAUUCUUCUACGUGAUUGGUCAUGGGAUAUCGGAGGAUCUUAUAAAGAAAGUGAGAGUGAUGUCGCAUCGAUUUUUCGAGCUUCCUUCUGAAGAGAAACUUAAGAUCCAGAUUACUCCAGCAGCUGGAUACAGAGGAUAUCAAAGAAUCGGACUAAACAUAACAAAUGGGAAACAAGAUAUGCACGAAGCAAUUGAUUGUUACAAAGAGUUUGAGGAAGGCAAGUAUGGGGGCAUUGGAAAGGCUAUGGAAGGGCCAAACAAAUGGCCAGAGAAUCCUAAAGAGUACAAAACGUUGAUGGAGGAGUAUAUUAAGCUGUGCACUGAUCUUUCUAGAAACAUCUUAAGGGGAAUCUCUUUAGCCCUUGGUGGAUCACCUUAUGAGUUUGAAGGAAAGAUGAUGCAAGACCCUUUUUGGAUUAUGCGUAUUCUUGGUUAUCCAGGUGUUAACCAAGAUAACGUUAUCGGAAUUGGAGCUCACACUGACUAUGGCUUGUUGUCGCUUAUAAAUCAAGAUGAUGACAAAACUGCUCUUCAGGUGAAAGACAUGGCCGGCGACUGGAUACCAGUUGUUCCGAUCGCUGGAUCAUUUGUCUGCAACAUCGGUGACAUGCUAAAGAUUCUUUCUAACGGAGUUUAUGAAUCCACACUUCAUAGAGUGAUCAAUAACUUUCCUCGAUACCGUGUUUGCAUCGGAUUCUUCUACGAGACUAACUUCAACGCUGUGGUCGAGCCAUUGGAGAUCUUCAAAGAGAAGCACCCAGGAAAAGGAACAUCCCAAGUUUUCAAAAGAGCCUAUGGAGAGCAUCUGGUUCAUAAACUCCAGACCACCUUUCCAAAUUUAGUGAACCACAGUUAAUUAUUGCAGCUUGGUUGGACUUUAGGGAUGCUCAUUGUUUUACCUUAAUUUGGAUUUCGAGUUUAAUAAGAUUAAAAUAAAUGAAAAAGACAUC